CAUCAACUGGAUAGGAGUAGCGACAGAUGUUGCUUAGACGAUGGCUUUAGUCUUACUGUUGUAUGACUUUGUAAGAUCUUGUGUCAAUAAUUAAUAAAAGGGUCUGUCUAGAACUCAGUCGACUGAGACUUAACCAAGUCUCAGUCGAGUGACGUCAGCAUAGUUCUUUUGCUGCAAACGGCACGGCUAGAUGCUACAACCGAUGAUGAAAAAUGUUGCAACGGUUUUACCAGCAAUGAAAAUUGGUGCUGCAGCUGGUGUGAUUAAAAUGCUACAACCGUCAAUGCCAGAUGUUACAACCGGUGAGACGAUAUGCUACAAUCGAUGAGGGACAACAUGCUACAACCAACAAGACGAAUGCUGCAACCGGUAGAAAAAAAGUUGCAAGCGUUGAAAAAAAAUGUUGCAUGGUCGACUGAGACUUGGUUAAAUCUCAGUCGACUGAUUUUUAGCAAGCCCGUUAAUAAAAUGGUUGUAUGCAUCGUCCAGAUGCAGAGGCCGGGGGUCAUCCUCUUUUUCUAAAAAAAACAAAGCGUCCCAUCGUUGCUACAUAAGAGAAAUCAGCCAAAUUUUGUCUGGCUUCCACUGGGUGACCAGCUAGCAGGAGUUCAAAGUCAACAGCCGUUCCAGUUUGUGUUCAUUGACAGCCUGUUGUAGUGACGAGAAGGAUCAGAAAGCAGCAGCUGAACCACACAAAGAAACCCACGGUACUGGAAACCCUACCACUGGUUGCCUACAAGAAUACAACAACGAAAAAUAUAGCUUGACUAUUUGGUUACCAGCAAUGACAAAAUGCUCAGUUGAAGGAAACAUUUAACAACUAAAUGAUGUGGGAUAUGCUUGGAUUCUCUGAAACUUAUUUAUGUGCCGACCUAUGAGUCCUUGGCGGCUUUAAUUAUUUUAUUGCUGACCUGGGCAACAUGUCUCAUUUUCAUUCAAACUCAUCUUCAAUAUUACUAGAUGCAUCCUUAUAGACUAGGAAGAAGCAAGCACGAAGGAAGGAACUAAGAAAAGUAUGCAGAAGACUCGGACAACAAGUGGUGCCUAAGUAACUACAAGUAGCCCAACUCCGCUAUAAUGAACAGCCAAACAAAGUAGAUGCAAGUGCACCACUGCAAACCACAUCGCAGAUCCACAAAAUACAGAAUUGCAGACAUGCCUAGCAAGAAGAUUAUUUUCUUCAAACUAGUCAUAAGCCUUAGCCUUGCUGCUCGCAGUACUGGCAAUGAGGACGAUCAAUUUGUAUACUCAGGCUUCACCGGCAGCAACCUCGCCCUCGAUGGCAAUGCCAGGAUCACGCCGAGCGGUCUCCUCGAGCUGACCAAUGGUACAGCUCGGGUUAAAGGCCAUGCAUUCCAUCCAAACCCCAUGCGCUUCCACAAAUCUCCCAAUGGCACGGUGCACUCUUUCUCUGUAUCGUUUGUGUUUGCCAUCCUCUCCGCCGACCCUGACUUGAGUGGUCAUGGCCUUGCCUUCUUCAUUGCACCAACCAGGAAUUUCUCAGCUGCAUUCCCAACCCAGUACUUGGGCCUCUUCAGUGACCAGAAUAAUGGUGACCCAAACAACCACAUUUUUGCGGUUGAGCUUGACACUAUCCAAAAUUAUGACUUAGAAGACAUCAACAGCAACCACAUCGGCAUCAACAUCAACAAUCUUCACUCUGUGCAAUCUCAUGAUGCUGGCUAUUACAGUAAUCAGAGUGGCAUCUUUGAGAGGUUGGCACUCAAUAGCCACAAGGCGAUGCAAGUGUGGGUGAACUAUGAUAGAGAGGCCAUACAGAUCAACGUGACCAUGGCCCCCAUCAAUCUGGCAAAACCUGAGAGGCCACUGCUUUCAACCACUUUUAAUCUCUCGACAGUAAUCACUAGUCCAGCAUAUAUUGGCUUCUCAUCCUCUACAGGCACAGUCAGCGCGCAGCACUAUGUGCUUGGUUGGAGCUUUGGCAUGGACAGCCUCGCUCCACCCAUCGACAUUUCCAAACUCUCUGAGCUGCCUCGUCUUGGUCAGAAGGCUCAGUCCAUGAGAUUACAUAUACUUUUACCAAUAGGAAUUGUGGUGUUCCUCUUUGCAGUAACUGCUACCAUCUUUCUGCUCAUACGGAAGAAUCUAAGGUAUGCUGAGCUAUGUGAAGAUUGGGAGGUUGAGUAUGGGCCGCACCGGUUCUCGUACAAGGAUUUGUUUGAUGCCACAGAAGGAUUUAAAGACAAGAACCUACUAGGUGGUGGAGGGUUCGGAAAGGUAUACAAAGGGGUGUUGCGUAUAUCAAGAUUCAAUAUCGCUGUGAAGAAGGUGUCGCACGACUCAAAACAAGGAAUGAAGGAAUUCAUUGCAGAGAUUGUUAGCAUAGGCCGCCUUCAACACCGCAAUCUUGUCCAAUUACUGGGAUAUUGCCGGCGAAAAGGUGAGCUUCUUUUAGUAUAUGAUUAUAUGCCAAAUGGAAGCCUAGACAAAUACUUAUAUGGCAAAGAUGGAAAGCCUACUUUGGAUUGGUCUCAGCGGUUUCAAAUCAUCAAAUGUGUAUCAAAUGGAUUACUCUACCUUCACGAGGAGUGUGAGAAAAUUAUCAUACAUCGAGACAUCAAGGCAAGCAAUGUGCUCAUCGAUACCGAGAUCAGUGGACGAAUAGGUGACUUUGGUCUUGCAAGGUUGUAUGACCAUGGUAGCGACCCAGAAGCCACACGUGUUGUUGGCACCAUAGGAUACCUAGCUCCAGAGCUUGCACGCACUGGCAAGGCAACCCCAUUUACGGAUGUAUUUUCCUUCGGUGUGUUCAUUCUUGAGGUCACCUGUGGGCAAAAGCCCAUCAUGGAAGAUACGGAGGAAGGCCAUCUCAUGCUAGUUGACUGGGUGCUUGAACAUUGGCAUAAAGGUUCACUCAAUGAUGCAGUGGACAUCAAGCUUCAAGGCGAAUAUGAUGUUGGUGAAGCAUGCUUAGCACUAAAGCUAGGAUUAUUGUGCUCUCACCCAUUUACAAACAUAAGGCCAACUAUGAGGCAAAUCAUGCAGUACCUCAACAAGGAAAUGCCACUACCGGAGUUGAUGCCAACACAUUUAAGCUUCUGCAUGCUGGCUUUGAUGCAGAGCGAAGGUUUCAACCCUUGCAUCAUAUCACAUUCUUCAUCAGCAACGAGCUUUGGCACAAUGUCAAGCCUUUCAGGAGGGCAGCAGGAUGCGUCGAUGCUUGACCUCAUCUCCAGUCUCUGGUCGCAGACAGCUUCGCUUCGAGUGGCUGCUGAUGUGGCAAGCGUCGUCGACUCAGCCUGUCUCAGCUUAGCUGUUGAGCUACUGCCUCUGGCCUGCGCAGCCCUAUCUGGCAUGAGGGCAACUGGAAACCAUUGUUCACAGUUAUACUUGCAAAAUACUAUGUUCUUGCAUAUUCUUGAGAUGUCAUGGGUCACACCCAUGCUUGACAAGAAACAUAAGUGUUUCAUUCCAUGCCAACUCUUCUUCCUGUUCAUUUGCCUCAACCGAGCACCCUUCACCAUUGCUAAUGACCAGUUUGUCUACUCCGGCUUCGCCCAAGCUAACCUCAGCCUUGAUGGAGCUGCCACAAUCACACCAGAUGGACUCCUUGAACUAACAAAUGGCACCUUUAACCUCCAAGGCCAUGCUCUAUACCCAACUCCUCUACACUUCCGCACGUCGCCUAGUGGUUAUGUACAGUCUUUUUCUAUCAGCUUCGUCUUCAGCAUCCUCUCCGCCUACCCUGACAAGAGUGCUGAUGGCAUGGCCUUCUUCGUCACCAGAAACAAGAAUUUCUCCAGUGCGUUGCCAGCCCAGUACUUGGGGCUCCUCAAUAACCAGAACAACGGUAAAGCAAGCAACCAUAUAUUUGCGGUGGAGCUUGACACCAAUCAAAAUAGUGAGUUCCAGGACAUCAAUGGCAACCAUGUUGGUAUCAACAUAAAUAGUCUCCACUCUGUGCAAUCCCAUGAUGCUGGCUUCUUUGAUGACAAAACUGGUAUGUUCAAGAACUUGAGCCUCAUUAGCCGUGAGAUGAUGCAGGUGUGGGUAGAGUAUGACGGAGGAGCUACAAAGGUCGAUGUAACUUUGGCUCCCAUCAAAAUGGCCAAGCCUGCAAGACCAUUACUGUCAACCAUCUAUGAUCUCUCAACAGUUUUCACAGACACGGCAUACAUUGGCUUCUCGUCCGCAACUGGAGUCAUCAAGUCAAGAUACUACAUACUUGGCUGGAGCUUCAGCAUGGGAAAGACUGCUCCUGGGAUUGACACAACCAAGCUGCCACAGUUACCUCAUGUUGGCCCAAAGCCUCACUCAAAGGUCUUAAAGAUUGUCCUGCCAAUAGUCAUUGCAGCAUUCAUCCUUAUUGCUGGAAUUAUCAUCAUUUUAUUUGCUCGAAGGAAAUUGGCAUAUACCGAGCUACAAGAAGACUGGGAGAUCGAGUUUGGGCCACAUCGAUUCCCGUAUAAGGAUUUGUUCAUAGGCACACAAGGAUUUAAUAAUAAGAACAUACUCGGAGCAGGAGGAUUCGGAAAGGUGUAUAAAGGCAUACUUCCUACAUCUCAAUUGGAGGUUGCGGUGAAGAAAUUGUCACAUGAUUCAAAGCAGGGAACAAAGGAAUUCAUUACUGAGAUUGUUAGCAUGGGCCGCCUUCGUCACCGCAACCUCGUGCAGUUACUUGGCUAUUGCAGGGGAAAAGGUGAACUCCUUUUGGUCUAUGAUUACAUGCCAAAUGGUAGUCUUGACAAGUACCUGCACUGUGAACAAGAAAUGCCCUUACUAGAUUGGGCAAUGCGGUUUCAUAUCAUCAAAGGAGUUGCAUGUGGCCUGCUCUACCUCCAUGAGAAGUGGGAUAAAGCUAUCAUCCACAGAGAUAUCAAAGCAAGCAAUGUGCUUCUCGAUAGCGAAUUAAAUGGGCGACUAGGAGAUUUUGGCCUUGCAAAAUCGUAUGAUCAUGGUACUGACCCACAUACCACACGUGUGGUCGGUACCAUGGGUUACCUUGCCCCAGAACUGUUACGCACAGGCAAGCUGUCUGCUCUUACGGAUGUUUUUGCCUUUGGCAUAUUCCUUCUUGAGGUCACCUGCGGGCAAAGGCCUGUCAAGCAGGAUGCAAAUGGCGAUCGAGUUAUGUUGGUUGACUUGGUACUUGAGAAUUGGCAGAAAGGAACAAUGGUGGAGAUAAUAGACCAGAGGCUCCAAGGCAAGUGCAAAACAGAUGAGGCAUGCCUGGUCCUGAAGCUUGGUCUAUUGUGCUCACAACCCUUUGCUAGCACAAGGCCUAGCAUGCAUCAAGUCAUGCAAUACCUCAACGGAGACAUGCCAUUACCAGAGUUCGCACCAACCGAUAUGAGCUUCAGCAUGCAAGCCUUGAUGGAAAACAGGGGAUUCAACCCUUCUAGCGUGUCAAAUCCACAGCUCAUGACAAGCAUUGCUACAUUGUCAGGCCUCUCGGGAGGGAGAUAAAAAAAAUUCCUAGCCCUUAGCACUGUUAUGGGUGUUUCAUUGUAUAUUUUUCAUGGGGCCUUUAGCUAUAUAUGGGGAAAUACAUCC